AUGAAAGAUGCAGGCUUCGAGUACCGAAUUGUGAGAACGGAUGAGAUCCCGUUCAUUGAUAAAAACCACAAUUUUGAUGGUUCGACUCGCAUUGCAAAUUCCACUCUCACGGCAACUGAAGAGAUGUUGCGAUGGCAGCGUUUGCAGCAGUUAGUGAUCUACACAGCCCGUGUUCUGGGUUGCAAAUACCUUUUGGUGGGUGAUAAUGCCAGCCAGUUGGCUGUCCAUUGCCUCGCCGGCAUCGCUCAGGGUCGUGGUGGUACCGUCGCGACCGAAGUAGUAAGCGCCUGGAUUUCAUUGUCCGUCCUACUAAUAUCGUGUCGGUAG